UCACUCACCAGACGCCUGCCGGUGGUGAUCUGCUGGAUCUGCUGCUUGACCCGGAAGUUCUCUCGGUUAAGCGAGGCCGUCUCCACCCUGAAAGAGGACUUCCGGGGCAGUAGGAGCAGCUUCUUGGAGAAGGCAAUGAUAUAAUCAUGUCGAAUAAAGAUGAUCUUGAGAAUGCAGUGAUAACUGAAGCAACUCCCAUCCGUGAAGAUGAGAACUGUGAGCCAGCCAAGAAUUUUGAGUCAGUUGACCAAAGUGCCAAGUCAGAGAGUAAAUCAGAACCUGUAGCUUCUACUCGGAAAAGACCAGAGUCCAAACCUUCCAGUGACCUUGCGACAGAAGUUCUCCCUGUUCAGGCAUCACAGGCUGCAGGCAAAGAGACUGUUUCCAAAGAUGUACCCCAGUCCGGAUGGGGCUAUUGGGGCAGUUGGGGCAAGUCCUUGCUCUCCUCAGCCUCAGCUACAGUAGCCACAGUAGGACAAGGUAUUUCAAAUGUUAUUGAGAAGGCAGAGACUUCCCUUGGAAUCCCUAGUCCUAGUGAAAUUUCAACAGAAGGCCAGUAUGCAACAGGAGAGACAAAUGCCAAAGAGAAUGGAAACUCCUCUCCAAUGAGUGGGCCGUUUGGGGUGUUCUCGACCAUCUCUACUGCUGUUCAGAGCACAGGAAAGAGUGUUAUCAGUGGGGGUUUGGAUGCCUUAGAAUUCAUUGGAAAAAAGACAAUGGAUGUAAUAGCAGAAGGGGAUCCUGGAUUUAAAAGAACCAAGGGUCUGAUGAACCGGACUUCCACACUGUCUCAGGUUUUACGAGAGGCAAAGGAGAAAGAAGAACUAUGGACUUCCAAUGAGGUUACCAUGGAAACAGACAAGAAAACUCAUUAUGGGCUACUCUUUGAUGAAUUUCAAGGCCUUUCACAUCUAGAAGCUCUGGAGAUGCUCUCUCGAGAAAGUGAAAUAAAGGUGAAAUCUAUUCUUAAUUCUCUAAGUGGAGAAGAAUUAGAGACUCUAAAACUUGAAUUGGAGCAACUCAAAGAAGCAUUUUCCCUAGCAGAGUUCUGUGAAGAAGAGGAGGAAGAGAAGAAAGGGGAUGAAGACUUUACCAAAGAGAUAACAGAGCUAUUUUCCCAGCUGCAUGUCUCCUCCAAACCAGAGAAACUUGCCAGGGCAAGAAAUACAGCCUAUGAGUGGAUCAGGACAUCUCUGGCCAAACCGUUGGAAGAGAAGGAAGAAGGAGAAAAACAGUUGGAAGCAGAAAGCACUGAGCAGAUCAAUAACAAUUCAAUAGAGGAUAUCCAUGCAUUUGCAAUCCGGAGCCUAGCAGAACUGACUGCCUGCUCAAUUGAACUUUUUCACAAAACAGCGGCUCUGGUUCUACAUGGCCGGAAACAGGAAGUAACAACCAUAGAAAGGAGCAGAGCCCUUUGCCAGCUAACAGUUUUGUUGUGUAAAGAAUUGUCCUGUCUGUCUAAAGAGUUCACCACCUGCCUAACAACUGCUGGGGUUAAGGAAAAGGCUGACGUCCUUAAUCCAUUAAUCACUGCAGUAUUUCUAGAGGCAUCAAACAGUGCUUCCUACAUUCAGGAUGCCUUUCAGCUACUUUUACCUGUAUUGGAGAUCUCAUUUAUUGAGAACAAGACUGAAUUACCAGAGGCAUGAGCUUCAUGUCCAGAGGCCUUUGUCCGAACAUUGAGGAACAGAGAAGAUUAUACCUGAGACUUGUGAUGGUUGAGAAAUGCCACUCACUUCUGGAUAGCCCUGCAGAAGUGAGGGAGAAAGGUUAUUUUAGUAUAUAAAAAUCCUGGCAGGAGAGCAGAUAUGAAGGAAGUUUGUUGUCUUCACUGCUUGACUGAAGUAUUCAGGUCCUCACACUGCUCUUCCCAGUUGUUAUAAUUAAUAAAUUAUUUGAAAAGAAACUUUUAUAGACAGUUCAAAAAUAAUAGCUCUAGGUGAAAGUUAAUGGGAUACUCAGGCAAAGAUAUUGAUCUUUCUUUGACAAUAUGUGAAACACUAAAAUUUUUGUCAUGGAUGUCGUUUUAUAAUCCAUGGAUAUAAUUGGUUGUUAAGCAAGAGGAAAAGAAAUUAAAAAAAAAAAAAGAGGAAAAGGAAUUCAGUAUUUUGGAAUUCAUGUGCUUGAUCUGUUAAUGCCAUUUUCUUUCUCCUUUCUAUAAUAAAAUCUGUGGCUUUUAAGAAAA